CAAUAAUAUUGUCCGAGCUUACUGCGCGGCCAGUGCUCAUUCAGAUAACAUUUUUAAUUCAGUGAUAAUGGAUGACGAUGAUCUCCAACAGUUUUCGUUGCGAUGGCAUAACCACCAGGUAGAUACACAGAGGACGGUGUUAUCUGACCACACUCACACGGACACCACACUACAAAUGGUGCAAACGACUGCAGCGCCCCCUUACCUCUAUAUCUGUUAUUUUGGAACACAAAUUGUGGUGUUAUGAAGAAUAAUGUUUGUAUCAUCGGGGCCCUAAGUCGAAUGCUAAACACUGGGGCCCUGAGUGAUGUCACACUGAAUGCGAAUGGAGUAUCGUUGCGAGCACAUAGGCUUGUACUGGCCGCUUGUAGUCAGUACUUUGCGCAAAUUUUUAAGGAAGUAGACGACACAAACACAGUGGUUGUGAUCGUCGACUGUGAGCCUUCAGACUUGCGGCAAUUGUUAACAUUCAUGUACACGGGCGAAGUGACAGCUGCCAGGAAACGACUACCCUCAUUGUUGAAAUUGGCACACUCCCUACAGGUUUCUGGAUUAACUGACGCUGAUACUAACCCAACUGACGUACCAAAAGAAAAUGAAUUAAUACAACCCACAAACGAUAUUCCAAUGGAAAGCCAGUCACCGCCAAUCAAUCUAGAAAAACCUAUUAUCAAUGAUUUCACACAGGACAAACCAAUAGAAAUAGCACAAGAUUUUAAUAAAGAAAUGCCUAAGGAUAUAUUAGCAAAAAAUGACAAACUAAGUAAAUUAGAUCAAAUUGUUCAAAAUUUAUAUAGUUCGCAUAAUAUUGGAAAUAUAGUAACGACACCGACGCCAUUGAUACCAAGCUUUACAGAACCCCCACAACCCCGCGACUGCGACAAAAAGUGGCGCACCCACUCUAUUUGCACUAUAUGCAACAAGCGUCUCUCGAACCAGUACAACCUGCGCGUGCACAUGGAAACACACGCGGGGCGGCGGCACGCGUGCAGAGCGUGCGACCACGUGUCGCGGUCGAGAGAUGCGUUGAGGAAACAUGUUGCUUAUCGGCAUGCCCAUACAGCAUUACGGCAUCCUUAAUGUGAAGAAGAUAUUUCAAAAGAACUGAAACACUAAUAAAAUCAAGCGUCCAAUUUAUUUACUCUUUAGAGGCCCACAAAUCCUUAACUUUAUUUAUUACUCUCUACUCUAUCAGAGGCCCCGCCCCAUAAGUCCGCUACCACAUCAAAUACUCCGCGUGCAGAGCGUGCGACCACGUAUCGCGCUCGAGAUACACCAAGGAAACAUGUUGCUUAUAGGCACACAUAUGCACAUACUGUGAUGCGGCAUCCUUGAUGUUAUGCGAAGAAGAUAUUUUAUUUAUAAAGAACUGGAACACUAAUAAAAUCAUGCGUCCACAAUACAGUCAAGAAUCAAGAUUAUACGAAUUUGUAUUAAUUCAAUUUUUUCUCGUAUAUAUGUAAAGACUGGACAGUUAGAUGCGGUAGUCUAGUACACCAGAUAGAUAGUAAUGCAAUAUAGUCUUGCGUAUGCAAGUUUACGCGAGAUUUCGUUUAUUUUAAAUUAAACUUUAUAAAAUUUUAGAAAAAUAGUUUUUUUCACAGUUACAUCGUUUUGUACCUAUACUUUAAUUUAUUUAGAAGUAAGAGGAUAAUGACAUCAUAUACAUAUUAAUUAUUAU